AUGAACAAAAUUUACCACCUAAAGUUCUUAAAUCAAUUGGGUAGAAGAAUUUCGUUAAGGACAGGGGUCAAAAACGAGUCCCUAACUCUUAAACAAAAAGUCCAAUUUGAAAUCCUAAAGGGGAACUACAAAUUUAUUUUGGAUGGGAUUUUAUGUAUCAAAAACACGAAGCUAAAGGAGAAUUAUAUAAAGUCAAAUUAUGAAAAUGAUUUUGACCUUAAAAUAUUUUGUUUAGGAGCUAGACAAGCCUUUUUGUUAAUUUCAAAGUAUCUUUCACAAAAUAAGUAUGAUGAAUUAAAGCCUUAUGUUAGUCAAAAAUGUAUUGUAGAGUUAAAACAAAAAAAUACGAAUUUUGAUCAAGAAAUAAUUAAGGAGUUAGCUUGUAAUGAAGAAAAUAUAUAUCUAUCAUAUCCAUAUAAAGUUAUGUAUAAAGAGGAUCAGAAUGUUCUAAACUGUGAUAUAAAUGUAAUAUUUUGUAUCAUGAAAUUAAUAUAUGAAAAUAAAACACCAGUCAAAAAUAUGUUUGGUCAAUUAAAUUUAAGCUUCAAUCGUAAAUUCAAAUUAAAUCAAGUAACAGAAUGGAUAAUUAGCGAUAUAGAAAUAAAAAAAUUGGCAUAUUUUUGAAAAGAAGAAUUUUUUCUAAAUAUAAUUUAUAAAAUGAAUUAGCAUAUUAUCAUGAUUAUGUGUUUUGAAUCAAAUAAUAACAAAUAAAAUAAA